AGGACCUUCUCGGGGAUGCCGCUGCCCUCCGCCAUCGCAGGCAUGAGUGAGGUGUCUCAGCUCCGGCGUUGGGCACGAGGCGAGGAGCCGGCGCCGCAGAUGCUGAUCCUCGGCUAUACUUCAUGGACGAUUCACCAGCACAGGGUCAUGGAGAAUCAGCUCGCUGUUCAAGAAAGGCUGCUCGAGAUGCACCAGGCAAUUGUUCCCCAUCUACAGAAGCUGUCCGAGCGCACGAGAGUGUUGGUCCUGCCACAGAGCCGCGUCAGACCUCAUGGACAAACCAUCAUGAUAAAACGAGCAGAUAUCAGCAACAGCAACUUCGACUGGAGCGAGAAAAUGUUCUUGCAAGUGCUGCAGCGGUACAACACCAGGUUUGGAACUCGAAGGGAACUGGUCAGCGGGAGUCCAGCGGCGAAGGGUGAGCCUCCUAGGAACGACCGCACCCCCGACGAAGGAACGAACGACCUCCUCAGAUCAUCCCGGGACCAGCUGAUCCCUGGGACGACCGCUCCGGGGCUGUGGUGGUGGGACUCGAGCCUCCCGAUCAACCUGGCGGAGAUCGAAGAGUGCAACGAGCUUCACCGUCGAGACCUGGCCGAUGACCUGGCUUACACAGGUCCCCCGCUGCAGUGCGUCGACCAGCACCACACGGGCAGCGGCACGAAUAAUGACCUGGUCACGAUGCUCCUCAAUCUCUUGUGUAAUUCUUUCCUGGAAGUAAAGGGAGAUGUUUGCUGUAAAUGAAGGGCCGUGUUGAAAUGUCUCCUUUACCCUGAUUAACAUGCUUUUUAGGCUGCGUUAACGUUACUGAUAUGAAUUUGAGAAAGUGGUUCUGAGGUGAGGAGUGAGAAUAAGAUUCACUUAAAGAU